CUCUAUAUAAGCAUCUUUAAGGUAUUUCUACAAUCAACUUAGAGCUUCAAGUUGGUGAAACCUUACAAUUCCUUCUAUAAUUAUCUCCUCCUAAGAGGGAAACCAUCAACUGCUUCCUUGAAAAAUGACUGAUGGAAAUGCUAAUGGUAACCAAGAAGGUGCUACGACUCCCUUAAUGUCUUGGAACAACAACCUGAAAGCACUUCUGGUGGAUCCAUCACCCGCCUGCAGACUUAUUGGGAAGGCAUAUCUCACGGCCUAUGGUGUAAACACCGAGGCUGUGGACAAUGCAGAUGUUGCCAUUAUUCUGCUUAAUAUGGGAGCCAGUUUCAAUGUGAUUCUCAUAGAUAUGCAUAUGCGAGAAAUGAACGGAGCGCAGUUUGCUAUGCUGCUUCGGAGCUCGGGAGUACAGACCAAGCUGCUUGGUAUGUCAGCUAUGUUUAGAGAACGUGAGAAAGAAGAGUUUCUGGAAGCUGGGGGUGAUGGUUUUAUUGAGAAGCCUCUUCAUCCUUCCAAGUUUGUUCCAAUCCUGCAAGAGCUGGAUAGCAACUGAGGGUGAAAAGCUAUCUAGGCUGCAUCAAGCCGAAAUAGAGGACUCUCUUGUUUAGUUUCUGUUCAAGUUGUUGUGGACUUUGUAAUCCUUUCUUUAAUGUUUGAAUAAAAUGGAGUUCUCUUUAUUUA